AUGUCUUCAUUUCAACUGUUCCCUCUGCUGCCCCUAGAAAUCCGCUCCAAUAUAUACCUUCUUGCCACACCGCCUCGGAUUGUCCAUCUCCAUCAACAAGUCGAGAAUUUUCAAGAUUUCGGCAAGAGACUACCGCACAUUACAAUCGCGGAGCGUAAUCUGCGCCCAGAUAUUGAUUAUUCUUCCUUCCGUCAUCUCCUUCUCCAAGCAUCGGCCGUUCUGCGUCGUCAAAGACGAAGAUUCUUCAAACAAACCAAGCUCGAAGCAUACGGAUUCACCAGCAAUAAGCGGGCGCAAUUCUCUUGGGAGUUUGAAUCCAUCGUCCCGUUUGAGAUGCUCAUGCAAAUUCCCACAUUGGCAUUUCACCUGUACCGAAGAGAGACCAUCUCCUGCCAAGCAGCCAUUCCGCCGCUUCUCCAUACUUGCUCCGAGUCACGUUCAUUUCUCAUCAGGUACGGCUAUCAGCUUGCGUUUCCUUCCACAGCCCCAGGCCCACAAACCUGGUUCCAUUUUGAGCAAGAUGUAUUGCUACUUGACGACGAAAUUGACUGCCCUGAUGCCGAUCCACACAAUGAGAAGGAGAAGGAAAUUGCAAGAAUCUUGCAUACGUUUCACCAUUUCAGACCUCGAGAUAUAAGUCGCGUUCAGCGAUUGGCAUUGGCCAUACCUACCCACUCUAACCGUAUAUUUCUUGGGCACAAGCUCAACCCGGACCUCAAAGAACUCAUCCUGGUCGAGUGGCGUCCUAGCGAGUCUGAGCAAGCACUGCGUCAGUCAAUUGUGGACUCAACUCUACUUGGUCCAGCAACCAUCUCUCAGGUUUAUUCCAAGGGAGAGCACUUUUGCAUGAUACCAAUCGAGGAAACUGAUGCUCUAUGGACUACAUUGGAGUUGGAUGUGUUUGGUGUCCGGGGACACUGGUUCUAUGAAACUUCAGGAGAUGCGAAACAACUCAAAAAGCAUAAGCUUGCAAAUGGUUUCCAUAGCCAUUUUAUAAAAGACGUAUUGGGCCAGUUAAGAGAAGAAUACGAGCAGCAGAAGGGAAUAAUCGAAUAUAAUAACAAGGAAUUUUGCAAUUCUCCCCGGAGUUUUCCGCUGAAAGCCGAGGAGUACCCACCAUGGAGCAUUCGUCAGAUACGUUUUGCGCAUAUUUGCACACCAUCCACUGCUGAGAGAAUAAUGGAGAACCGUUUGACAUUCAUGAAACAAUUUACUAAGCUGGCAGCGGAUGCAGCGCGGGGGGGAGAUGGGCAUGAUCUCUCAUGGACUAGGCAGCAUCGUCUGCCGCAUCCCUUUGUCCUUCAGAGACACAGUAACUGGCCUGAAGUUGAGGAAUCACAGCAUAGCAUAGAAUUAGAAUGGUGGAUAAAGAAUGGGCUCCCUGCGGUUGGUGGCUUCUAG